AUGACCAGUGCUACUUUGAUGCAGGUUAUGUCGGUCCACCUAACCUUCUCCCUUGCUUACCGGCGAAUGAAACAAAAGGUGGCUUCAGUUGGUGCUGUCUGGCAGGGGACGCCUGCGUCAAUGAAGCCUGUUGGAAUCAUGAUUCGGGCGUGA